AAUAAUAAUUAUAAUAUUUAUUAAUUUGUUUUACGUUUGAUGCCCGCGUUCAGAAAAUGUUUUAUGUUGAUUCACAAAGAACUGUGACACGACGUGAUAGUUCACUAAUCGUAUAUAAAAGAAACUUCCAAAGUGGGGAGGAGAGGCUAGAUUUUGAUACUAUGUCAACCGCACGAUGUCAAUCUAACAUACGUCUGACUAGCGAAUGUGGUGCCUCAUUUUCGAUGCGACCAAAGGGGUCCGUUCAACGAGAACUGGUAACAAUGAUGUUCGAGUCGAUGUUAGAUAGCGUUGUCCAAUCAUGGGAGGUGAUCGUUCAACAGAAAACCGAAGAGAGCUCUCCUAAUAUGGAAUUUGGAAAGACUGUUAGUGAACUUACGUUCACUGGUAAAAAGAAAAAACCUAAUGCAAAAUCAUCUAAAACCAAAAAAAGCCGAUCAAAGUUGGAACUACUUGAUUCACAGGUUGAUCCCAUGCAACAAUCCUGGUGGUCUUUACCAGACGAAAAAGCCGUUAUACGUUUUCGAAAUGGAAAUGUUUAUGAAGGAAACAUUUCAAUGAAAUGCAUGCACGGCGAAGGACGUUUUCAGUGGAGUGAUGGAACAGUCUAUUUGGGUCAAUUUAAAAACAACGAAAUGAAUGGGAAAGGUAUAAUACAAUGGAAAGAUGAUACGUGGUAUGAAGGCGAUUUUGUUGGGAAUCUUCGUCAUGGUAAAGGACUGUAUGUAGACUCGCGUAAACAACACUCAUAUUUUGGUGGAUGGCACUGUGGUACAAAGCAUGGAGAAGGAGUUAUGUACUACUCUAAAAACUUCAAAAAUUCAUACGAUGGAGAAUGGUACCAGAAUGUCCGCCACGGUUUCGGAUUACGAGAAUAUUGUGCUAUUAGUGGUUAUAAGGGUGAAUGGGACAAAUACAUAAGAGAUGGUAAAGGAUUAAUGAUAUGGCCAAACCGCGAUUUUUACAGGGGUGAUUGGAAAAACGGUGUUAUGUCUGGAUAUGGUCUUUAUAUAUGGGAUGCCCAUUACAACAAUACAAUGUCUUUACCAUCAAUCAAUGCGUACCGUGGUUCUUGGGAAAAGGGCCAAAGAAAUGGUUAUGGAAUUUUGAAUUUAGGUUUAGGUUUAGGUUCGCAUUAUAAGGGAGAAUUUAAAAAUAAUAAGAAACAUGGUGUGGGAAAAUUUAUCACUAAUAAUGGACUAAUAUUACAAGAAAAGUAUUUGUUCCAUGAUGAUAAUAUUGGCACCAUGUCAUUCGAUAAUCAAGAAGAAAAGACAGCACCUCAGAAUCUGAAACAUACGCAGUCACAAGAACCCUUCAAAUUCGAUAUAUGCGAUAGUACUGUGGGACUUAUGUAUCACAUUGAACAAGCUUUAAAAAAUAUUGAUAAACGACAAGAAAUUAGAGCUAAUAUAAUUUCGGAAUAUAUAGAAAAUAACAAAACGUUAGAAAUGGAUGUUGCUGGUGUUGCGCGCAAAGAAGAUAUCCAAUGUCAACAAAGCAAAGUUUAUAACUUUGACUAUAUUAUAGAUUUUGAAAAAAUCUCUUUACGUAAAUCUCUGAGAUGUUACGAAACAGAUUUAAGAAAUAUUUAUUACAAAUACGCGACUAUAUGCAACACUAAAGAAAUAAAUUUCACUCCUGUACUUAUAAGGCUGUAUUUGUGGCAACUGUAUUUUGAUUGCAAUGUGCACGAAAAAGGCUUAACGCUUGCGGAGAUCGAUGUAAUUUUUCAUCAAAAUCCUUUAUGGCUAGCUAGAUCUCCACAUAAUCCUUUUGAAAAAAUUUAUUUCUGGCAAUUUAUACACAGCUUGAUAUUAGUAGCUAGCAAGUUGUAUGCCAAAAGGCAGCUUCCAGGCAAAAAACCAGAUACAAUUUUAGCUAAUGCUUUCAGAACAUUUAUGGAUAACGACGUGUUAUUGAGCGCCGGAAGACGCAAAGGGCGAUUUACAAACGGUUACGGAGCACACAUACCGCUAAACGGUUUAUACGGUCUUUACCGUAAACUUGGAGAACCACACACUAUUCGGACUUUUCUGAAAGCAAUACGGCAUCCGCCUCAUUACGCGCAUUUAUCACAACCAGAUAUUGUAGAAGCACCUGACGAGUAUUUGCCGCUUGGCCGGAAUGUGUAUAUUUUUGGAGAUAAAAUGGCUUAUAUAACUGAUAAUAAAGUACAAUAUGAAAAUGAAGAGAUGAGUGAAGCUCGUCAACUUAUGUUGUUCAAUUUUGGAAACUUGUCAAGUAAAACUGUUAUAAAAAUUUUCGCACGCAUUUUCCCACAACUCUGUGAGAAGGACACAAUAAUGAAUUUGGACAUAAACAUUACGUUUCUUGAAUUCUUUGAAGCCUUUGUUAUCUGCGCCGAAGAAAGUAUUCGUGUGAAAGACGAAGAGAUGCUUUGGCGCGAGAAAUUUUCUCUCAAUGACACUAUAGAUGUGCAAUCCAGUCCUACUGAACAUUCAGCCAAAAAGAAAUAAAUUUUUU